AUUCUAUAACUCCUCCGUCUCCUCGCUUCGAUCGGACCUACUCGGUUCCCCCCUCCCCAUGGAGGUAAAUGCCCGCGCUGCUGCUCUUCUGGCCGAGCUCAACCAGGCCCUCGAGUUGCUCAAGCAGCUGGAGUCACACCUGCACGACCGCGACCUCGACCUCUGCAGGGCUUUAGCGCCCAGGCUCAUGUCCUCCAUCCAGAACUCGAUUGAUCUCAUUGCUAGUGAUCGGCCUCCGCGCACCGUGACGCCCAAGAGAAGGAAGGCGCUGCACUCGUGGAUGCGCAAAGUGAGGCUGAGCUCGAUGGUUGGGGGAGUCGAAGGCACUGGCCAUGACGACGGCUUCACUUGGAGGAAGUACGGACAGAAAGAGAUCCUCGGAGCCAAAUAUCCAAGAGCUUAUUUCCGGUGCACCCACAGCGCCUCCCUCGGCUGCCCCGCGAAGAAGCAGGUGCAGCGAUCGGACGACGACAUGCUGGUCUUCGACGUCACCUACCACGAGCUCCACACUUGCCUUCAGCAGCGAAGGGAGCAGGAGGAGCAGGGAAGUGGCCGUCAUGUAACGUACGACAGCCAAGAACAGAGCAUGGCAGAGAGGGUUGAAGCAGAGGAGGAGUUUGUGGCGCAAACUGGGCCUUCUCUCGGCCCUUCCAUGGAUGAGAUUGCAUCCUUUGGGUCUCUGGAUGACUACGGUUGUUUUGAUGGAGUAGAGAAGAGUAUGCUUACAGUCAUGGAAGAGCUUGAUCGGGAUUUAGAAAUUGACCCUUGGCUUCUAAGCAAGAACUAAGAAUUGAGAAUUGUAAUAAUUAUUAUAUUAUAAGCGAGAAACAGAGGAGAGAUAUGCACUAUUUAAUUUAUUACCUAAUUAAUUUUUUUAGAAAAUAUAAGAUUGUUCUGUAAACUGAGUUGAGGAGUAUUUCAUUAACAUAAAUUUAACAUAAGUUUGCUUUUAAAAGUGUCAUUUGUUUUAACUAACAAAGAGUUUUUUUAAUAUAAA